GAGAGCUGAGGGAGUUGUGCUGGCGUCAGGAUGGGCUGCGCGAUCUCUGGAUCCGGAUUGACACCGAGAACAGCAGAGAGCAGACACACCGAGGACGAAGCUCCAGCGAGACUCACUCCGGAUCACAUCCAGCUCAUCAGAGAGUCCUGGAAAGUCAUCCAGGAGGACAUCGCCAAAGUGGGAAUAAUCAUGUUUGUCCGAAUAGACUCCAUAGUGUUAAGCAUGUUUUGUACCGCAGUAGUGAAACGAGCUCUUUUGUGCUGUUUUUGCAGCGUGAUGUCGUUCAUCGAGAAGAGCGUGGCCAGACUCGAUCAGCUCGAGCGCUUAGAGACUCUGGCGCGGGAACUCGGCAAGAGCCACUUCCGCUACAACGCGCCGCCGAAGUACUACGGGUAUGUGGCAGCCGAGUUCAUCUGCGCUGUUCGGCCGGUUUUGAAGGACAGAUGGACGUCUGAACUGGAGCAGGCCUGGAAGACGCUGUUCCAGUACGUGACGGCGAUCAUGAAGGACGGGUAUCUGGAAGAAGAGCGGAGCAAACGCAGCCACACGCUGACCUCCAGCAAAGAGCGACCGGACAAGAGAAACACGGCCAUUUAAUUUCACAG